GUCCGAUGCAAUAUCUGCGGAUAUUAUAUCUUCAAGGGAUCCAAAUUCAAUUCGCGUAGAGAAGACGUCACUGGCGAGAAAUAUCUUGGGAUUCAAAUCUUUAGAUUCUACUUCGAGUGCCCAAACUGCGGUGAAGAGCUGAUAAUGAAGACGAAUCCACAAAAUUCAGAUUGUAUUGUAGAAUAUGGGGCAACUCGUUAUUAUGAACCCUGGCAUGCAGUUGUAGGCGACUAUGUU